AUGGUAAUGCAGCAGUUGUGGACAUCCAUACCUUGCAUGACAGAAGUAUACGAAUUUAAUAUACUACCACUGAACAGCGACGACGAGGAUGUUGCUUCACAUUUAUUGACAAAAUUAAUGGACGAAUUAUGUAAACAUAUUAAUAGUCGAUUAUCUGCUACUCCUCUUUUACAACGUAGUCCAGAAUUAUAUAAGUUGCUGGAAGAUUCAUAUUCAGACCCCAGGACCAAAAAAAGUGUGCAGGUUUUCUAUGAAUUCAUUUCACAUACUAACGUAAAACCAUUAUUUUAUAGUCUGCUUCAUCCUGGCAUUACCGAGAUACAAUUAAAACAAUUGAUGCAUCCGACAGUAACACUUGCAAAACAGUUGCCCUCUGCCGAAUCAGUCGUAUUUUUUGGCGAAGUUAAUACAUCAUCAUGCUUGGUUCGUUUAAAGAAAUGUUAA